AUGAAGCCAGCUCGAUUCCUUUUGGCACUCAGUCUGCUUCAAGGCUGUCAUGGCACACAGCUACCCAAUCGGGGGCUUAGUCAAGCGGACGUCCCAACGACAGCUCAGUCGGCUGUUGAAUUUGCGAAUCUUGUGGUUGACCAUUUUACUUCUGAUCACAAUCCGUACCUCAAAGCUCGCGUGCAAACCGGAAUAAUCAACCAUAGGCAUCCUGCAGUGUUGUCUACCUUAGACAGUCAAGGUACUUCAACUGUGACCAUCCAUCACCAACAGAUAAUCAAUAUCAACGAAGUCGAAUCGAGAAUUGAAAAUCAACGCGGUAUCACUUGUACGAGCCAAGUAGCAGAUCAAUUGCAACAAGCAAUGCACUAA